AUGGAUCUCUUCACAGUUCCUCCUCCCUCUCUCUCUUCUCUCCAUAAGCCCACCCUUUUCAUUUCCCUUUCUCUCUCUCUGCUCCUCUUCUGCCUCGCGCUAAUUUACUUCAAUUUCGAACCCCUCCUCUUAUGGCUCUCCCUAUCCCUUCUAAUCGGCCCCUUCGCGCCCCCCUCUCUCACCGCCGGCGACAUACGCGUCGGCGUCGGCCCGCAGCUGGAGGAAAUCCCCGCCGCCCAGAUUGAAUUUACCGAAAAGCCCAGCAGAAAAUCAGUCAAAUCAACCAGGAAAGCAUCGGAAGAAACCGAGGGGAAUUCGAAUGCGAUCGAUUUAUCUCGUUUCGAUCUGCCCAAGCGGCGAUCCAGCAGAUCGUCAAUUGAGGCGGUGGUUGAGGCCAAGCCGGAGGAGUGGGGCGAGGCCGACGACGAGAUGUUGAAGAAGCUGAUGGGGAAGCACCCGGUGGGGAAGCCGGGGCGGUGGGAAGCCAUAUCUGAGGGUUUCAAGGGGAGAUACAAGGUGGAGACUGUGAUCGCCAAAGCCAAGCACAUUGGAGAGAAGAAGGGCGGCGAUCAGAAUUCUUACACUAAGUUUCUCAAGGAUCGGGAGAAGAGGCAUGUUGAGGAGGAGGAUGGGACGAAAGAGAGCGGAUGGAGCGCCACAGAGGAUGGCAAAAUUCCAAGAAGAGACGUUAUGGCAAAAUAUAUCCGCCAUUUGGACCCUGAAAAAACAAGAUUCCAGCCAUGGUAUAGACGUGAGAAGCUCUCGCGUGGUUUAAAAGUAUAG